AUGUCCCAAAAUAAAAAGAGAUUAUCGUUGUUUAGCUUUGGUUCUAAUUCUUCAGGAGAAUCAAAGGAUCAUUUGAGUCAAUCUCCAACGGAUCUGUCACCUCCUGGUCUUGAGAGACAGCUGAGUGGUUACAGUGGAACUCAUCCAAAAAAGUUAUCUGAUAACGGUGCUGAAUCUUUAGAGUUGAAACCAACAACUUCCAGUCCACAAUCCCGUAAGGGAUCUGAUGUUCAAGGAGGAGUGCCAUCUCCAACGUUUGUAACAAGAGCUCGUUCCACAUCAGAUAUUUCUCAAAGAGCACCCUUAUGUUCUCCUGAUAGUAUUUUUGAACGGCUGGUUCAAGAUUGCUGUACCAUUGAUGAGACUUGUGUUUUGGAACAACCUACUUCAGGUUCUCCAAUCUCAUCUCAUUCAACAGGAAAUAGUGUCAACCCUGUUCUAGGAAUGACCUCUACUCAUAGCAUUCACCCUCCAAAAUGUGACAGAUGUCGUCGCUCUAAAUCAACCAACUGCAACCAUCAUGGUUCUCAAGUACAAUUGGCAGGUCUGUACUUUAUGAAAUCUGAAGAUAUGAUACCACCUGCUUUAGAUGCCACGACUUCAAUUUUUUCCGAUAAGGAUACAAACUUGGACCAGGUGGAAAUGAUUUACUCUAAUAGGCGGAAUAGCUCGGUUAUCAGUCUUAACAUGGCGUUAGGAAGAACUCCUGCUAAUCCAAACUCUUUAGGAAGUCAAUUUCCUAACUCACGUAAAAACUCAAGUUAUUCACUAUCAGCAUUGAAUACUGCCAAUGUUUCACCUGUGUCCAAAGCUUUGCCGAUUAACACCAAUUUUGCAAACCCAUUUGAGUAUAAGCAAGGUAAUAUGGAGUCAUCACCAACUACUACUUCAUCAACUGUAGGUCAAGGAGGAUUUCAUUCUCCUUUAUCACCUGCUUCAUUUAAAAAUUCAACUUCCAUCAACAAUAAUCUCCUUUCCAACAGCAUUAGUGGAAGUGGCGGAUUCAACCCUACGACAACUUCAUACAACGCAAUGACUACCGGUCCUCCACUUUCAGCAACCUCUAGUGGACAACAACAACAACAGCAACUUCCAUCUUCAUCAUCUUCAACAACAUUCCCAACUCCCCCAACAUUAUCAACAAAACCAAGAAGAUCGCUAUCAUUUUACAGUUAUGCUGAUAUGAUUAACCUGGAAGAUCAUCCUGCUUCUCGUAAACCAUUGAUCAAGCAAAGCUCCCUGACAUUUUUAAACACUCAACAAUCUCAGAACUUAUCAUUGCAAUCUCCUGCCUAUCUGACAAGUCUGAAUUAUCUGACAUCCAAUUCUCCAUUAACAUUCACUGCUGGGUCUUCUAAUUAUACUGCUGGUCCACAAUCUCAAUUACCACCCUCUGCGAUUCCUGUUUCCAAACACAAAAUGACAUCUUCACAAUUAUCUAAAGUGUUUAGAAGAAAGCAUAAGAAACCUCAAAAUGUUGACGAUUCUAAUGGUGAUAAAGAAGAUGUACAAGCCAAUAAUAAAUCCAAUAUCCCAUCCAAACUGGCUUUACCUAUUUCUCCUGAAUCCAGUGAUUCAGAAGAUAACAUUCAAGAAUUAACAGAACUGGACGUAAGAGUGCUCCCACCAAAAUUGGCGAAACGGAAAUCGGUUAGUUCUCAGGCUAGUUCUUUAUGGGAUACGGAAUCAUUGGUACUGACAUCUAUUGGCGAUUGUAUUCGUCAAACAACAAGCGAAAUUAACGGGUUGUAA